CCACGCAAAAUCAACGCGACUCGUUUUCUGCAACGCACUUUUGUGUGCGCCUGAUAAAAAAAGAAAAAAAGAUGGCGGAUCACUCAGUUGAGAUCACAGAGGGCUGUCGACUUCCCGUGCUGCGAAAAAAUCAAGUAAAUGAAGACGAAUGGCCUUUGGCUGAAAUUCUCAGUGUCAAAGACAUCCAAGGGAAAAAGCUUUACUAUGUCCACUAUAUUGACUUCAAUAAACGCCUGGAUGAGUGGGUUACUCCAGACCGGCUGGAUAUUAAGAAACUCCAAUUUCCCAAGAAGGAGGCAAAGACUCCCAUGAAGGAUGGCCUGCCUGGGUCUCGGCCGAGCUCUCCAGAGAGAGAUGUGAAAAGGAAAGCAGAGUCAGUCUCUUUGGCAACACAAGUGACCGCAGCGACUCCAGUGCCUUCACUUCCUAGUUCUGCAGAGGCGAGUCAGGCCUCUGUCUAUCCAGCAAUGAGAGAUUCUUCUUUCAGCAUUAAAUCCAGAGAUGAGCAUGAACCACUCACCUCUCUCACUACAAAUGGCACAACCUCCAUCCAGCGUCAUCUUAUUCCUCCUCAGCCUGGGAGAAAAAGAAAAAGUUGUGGAGGGACAGACGAGAUGGUAAAGAUGUUCCAGAAUAACAGCCCUCGCUGCUCCACCAUCUAUUUGCUGCCAGGAGAGGACUCUCAGGACAGUUCAGAUGGAAUCCCAUCUGCCCCGCGCAUGACUGGUAGUUUGGUGUCAGACCGCAGUCAUGAUGACAUUGUUACGCGAAUGAAGAACAUAGACUGUAUUGAGCUGGGCCGGCACAGACUGAAGCCUUGGUACUUCUCUCCAUACCCACAGGAGCUCACCUCUCUGCUCAUUCUCUACCUCUGUGAAUUCUGUCUCAAAUACCUCAAGAGCCUCAAAUGUCUUCAAAGACACUUGACGAAAUGCAACCUUCGGCAUCCACCAGGAAAUGAGAUCUACCGGAAAGGAACAAUCUCCUUUUUUGAAAUAGAUGGAAGAAAAAACAAGGCAUAUUCCCAAAAUUUGUGUUUAUUGGCCAAAUGCUUUCUGGACCAUAAGACCCUGUACUACGACACAGACCCUUUCCUCUUCUAUGUUAUGACGGAGUAUGACUCUAAGGGUUUCCAUAUAGUUGGCUACUUCUCAAAGGAGAAAGAAUCAACAGAAGACUAUAAUGUGGCCUGUAUACUGACCUUACCACCUUAUCAAAGAAGAGGCUAUGGCAAACUACUAAUUGAGUUCAGUUAUGAGCUGUCAAAGGUGGAAGGAAAGACAGGCACCCCAGAGAAACCUCUGUCUGAUUUGGGCCUGCUCUCCUACCGUUCAUACUGGUCCCAGACCAUUCUGGAGAUACUCAUGGACCUCAAAUCAGAGAAUGGAGAGCGGCCACAGAUCACCAUCAAUGAAAUUAGCGAGAUCACAAGUGUCAAGAAAGAGGAUGUGAUAUCAACUCUUCAAUACCUCAACCUCAUCAAUUAUUAUAAGGGUCAAUAUAUCCUCACCUUGUCUGAGGACAUAGUGGAAGGUCACGAGCGUGCCAUGCAGAAACGCCAUCUCCGCAUUGAUCCCAAAUGCUUGCAUUUCACUCCUAAAGACUGGAGCAAGAGGGGCAAGUGGUGAAGUUCAGAGGAGGGCUGCUAGCUCACAGAUACAGAGAGGAAUUAAAACCAACAUAAAUACUGUAAAUAGUCUUGUAUUUAUGUUCUUUUAUGGUUUUUAUAUCAAGCACUUGUUCGCAAAUAUUUUGAGCCAUUUAAAAAAUGUAACUGAAUGUGAUGUGUAAA